AUGUUCAUCUGGGUCACCGACAUUCAAGCCUUUACGCACUGCUGCCCUUCCUGUCACCAUUCAUUGCAACAAAGAUACGGCCUUUCUCCUGUGCGCGCGCAGCACAUCGAAGUCCAGGUUCUGAAGGGAAAUUGGAAACGCACGCGGCUUUGGGUGAAGGUUAUCAAUAUCUGGAUAGGUAUCCUUCUGAAGCCAAGUGAAGGGACAACGAUAAUCGAAUAUGGACUACCUGGGAUAUUUCAGCAUUCAGUCACAGGCCAGGAGCUACAAGCACAAAUUUCUGAUUACGACCUUGGCCCACCCGAAGAAGACGUGAACAGUUCACCGCGUAGCCUCUCCCUCCUACAUGUCGCAUUUGUGGGGAUAAAUGAAUUUAGUCAGCUUUCUGGAUAUCUUAUCGUCGUGAAGAAGGAUGGAUUCGCUCGAAAUCAAACCAGUAUCUUCGGCCCCAAGGAACUGUCUAUUGUCUCCCUGUCAGCCAAUACUUUCUGCUGCUUGCCAAAACGACAUCCCGCUCUCUCUGUCGUUCCACGACGAACAGAUCCUUUUCAAGUUAUAUAUACCCUGGAAACUCCUGUCGGUGCUGUGACAGACGAGACAUUGACCAAUGUCGUCAAGAAAAGGACAAAUAGACGCGACAUGUCACGGACACGUGGACAGAAUAACGGUCUCUCCGACUCACACACCUUUCGAGACCGCCAUUCCCAGUCCGAUCUACAGGAUAUAAUGUCUCGUUUUUGGACCCCAACUACAAUGGCAUCUUUAUUCUCGACUGGCGGCAGCGAUACGACUGAGAGUACUAGCGAGAAACUCCAAUUCAAUCGUGCGAUAGGCAGUUUGACAUGGACAUCGAUACUGCGUCUAACGUUCCAGAGUGCAUCCACAGCCAUACCAGGCUAUUCUCGUCGUCGGGCUAGAAACCGGUCUCUAGAGCUCACGGAGAUAAUAAUCGCGUUACUUGUGGACAGUAUCCUCUUCCCGUCAGCAGUGCUCGUUUUACAUCUGACCAUGCCAUUUCUCACCGUCAUGGGCACCAUCAUGGCUAAUGACAAACGCUGA